AGGGCGCCGUCUCCCGAGUGAUGGCAGCGCGCGCUGCCUCGCCGCCUCCGCCGCUCAGCCCCGGACUCCUUACGUCAGGGUAGCUGGGUCCCCCCUCCGCGCAGGAGCCAGCGAGCAGCAGGAGAGCAGAGCAGAGCUCGCCGCGGUGCCGGGGCGUCCUCACUGCGCGGGGAGCCCCGCCGAGCCCGCUGAGCCAAGCCGGACAGGAGGCAGCGCCGCGGAUCUCGCGCCGGACGCCGCCAGCGGACCCAUUACUCGGCUGCCGCAGCCGGACCGGUGGGGCGCCGGGCUCGUCCUGUGCGCCCCCGCGCCAUGCGCGCUGGGCUCCGCGGCUUUCCUGAGCAGCCCCAGCACCGUGGGCACAGGCGCCCGUGGCCGGGCGCAUCUCCCUGAAGUAGUUGGGUGGUCAGAGCAGGGUCGCCACGUCGGGGGCGCGGCCGGGACCCGCGGAGUCGGCCCCCGAGCGCGGGGAGCCGGGCCGCCCGCGCCGCCCCAUCAUUACCUCCCCGGGCGGCAAGGAGGAGCUGGUGGCGGUCGCCUCCCGACUGUGGCAGCGGCGCCGGCGUGCCUGCCUGGCGGCCGUCGGCGUACUCCUGGCCAUGGUGCUCGGGCUGCUCAUCGCGGUGCCGCUGCUGCUGCAGGCGGCGCCCCCCGGCGCGGCGCACUAUGAGAUGAUGGGCACCUGCCGCAUGAUCUGCGACCCAUACAGCGCCGCACCCGGAGGGGGACCCGCAGGCGCCAAGGCCCCGCCGCCCGGACCCAGCACUGCUGCCCUGGAAGUUAUGCAGGACCUCAGCGCUAACCCUCCGCCUCCCUUUAUCCAGGGACCCAAGGGCGAUCCAGGGAGACCGGGCAAACCAGGGCUGCGGGGUCCCCCUGGAGAGCCGGGCCCUCCAGGACCCAGGGGUCCUCCAGGGGAGAAGGGCGACUCAGGGCGGCCUGGGUUGCCCGGGCUGCAGCUGACUGCUGGGGCGGCCGGCGGCGUCGGGGUGGUGGGUGGCGGAGCCGGGGGCGGUGGCGGCGACUCUGAAGGCGAAGUGACCAGUGCUCUGAGCGCCGCUUUCGGCGGCCCUAAGAUCGCCUUCUACGUGGGUCUCAAGAGCCCCCACGAAGGCUACGAGGUGCUUAAGUUCGACGACGUGGUCACCAAUCUUGGCAAUCACUACGAUCCCACGACCGGCAAGUUCAGCUGCCAGGUGCGCGGCAUCUACUUCUUCACCUAUCACAUCCUGAUGCGUGGCGGCGAUGGCACCAGCAUGUGGGCGGACCUCUGCAAGAACGGGCAGGUCCGGGCCAGCGCCAUCGCGCAGGACGCCGACCAGAACUAUGACUAUGCCAGUAACAGCGUGGUGCUGCACCUCGAUUCGGGGGACGAAGUGUACGUGAAACUGGACGGUGGGAAGGCACACGGAGGCAACAACAACAAGUACAGCACGUUCUCGGGCUUUCUUCUGUACCCGGAUUAGGGACAGGGUCGGGGGUGGCGGUAGGUGAGGUGGCUUCAGGCUGUCCUGUCCCUGCGGGAGUGCACAGCUCCUUGGCGAGGGCCACUCCAUUCAUAACACUUCCUGACAUCUCCGUUG